UUCGACCCUCUCAAAAUGGGCCAUCACCUAGCUCAGCCAAAUGAUGGCUUUCCCAUGGAGUGACGCAACCAAAGCUUCAGCCCUCAAUCGAAACAUUCAGUUAAAGCAACCUUAGCUAUUAUCAAGCGGCGUAACGGCCUGCCGCCUGAAACUACAUGGAAUUGCUUUUAUAUUAUAGUGCAAAAUUGAUUGAUAGCGGGUUAAUCUUUUUUAGCUUAUCUCAACCGUCCAUCACCAGGCUUCCGACCACUGCAAAAAGAAAGCAGAGAAGGGAACACAAAACCUCGGUAAGACUCUGAACCGGAGAACAGGGAGCUCCAGAGGCAGAUAUUGGAUAGAGAUAGCUUUCAAAGAGGAAGCAGAGAAGAGGGAACUCUCUGCAUCUCCCGAGUCUGUUGUCUAGGAGGUUCGGAGGAUUGUAGUUUUUCGUGCAGAAGACAUGGGGAAGAACGAGAAAACUGGGUUAGGGCGAGCACUGGUGAAGCACCACAACCAAAUGGUCCAGCAGUCCAAAGAGAAGGGCCGUUUCUACAGAAACCAACAAAAACGAGUUCUCGAAUCGGUCACGGAUGUGAACGACAUCGAUGCCGUCAUCGAACAGGCCGAAGAGGCCCUGCGUAUCUUCUCUGUCGACAAUCCUGUGCCUAACCUUCUCAUCGAUUUGGAUGGGAGCGCUGAAGCAAGCGGCAUGACGCCGGAGGAACGGAGAGAGCAACGGAAGAAAGAGGAGGCGUUGCACGCUAGCAGCCUUCGAGUACCUCGCAGGCCACUGUGGAAUGCUGGGAUGUCUGUGGAAGAGCUUGAUACGAAUGAAAGGCAGGCUUUCUUAAUUUGGCGGAGAAGCCUUGCGAGGCUUGAGGAAAAUGAGAAUCUUGUCCUUACUCCUUUUGAGAAGAAUGUUGAUAUCUGGAGACAGCUAUGGCGGGUGCUUGAACGAAGUGAUUUGCUCGUAAUGGUUGUUGAUGCACGUGAUCCACUAUUCUAUCGCUGCCCAGAUCUUGAGGCAUAUGCACAAGAGAUUGAUGAGCACAAAAGGACAUUGCUGCUUGUUAACAAGGCGGAUCUUUUACCAUUUACUGUCAGAGAGAGAUGGGCAAAAUAUUUCCGUGAUAAUGGUAUUCUCUUCCUGUUCUGGUCAGCAAAAGCUGCUUCAGCAGCACUGGAAGGAAAAAAGUUAACUGGUCUCUGGGAGAAGGAAAAUGCCUCUCAGAAAUCAGAUAAUGAUGAUACCAAGAUCUAUGGCAGGGAUGAACUUCUGGUCCGGUUGCAGCAUGAAGCAGAGGCUAUAAUUAUAGCUAGAAAGGGCUCAGGUCUAAGUCCGACUCACACUCUCAGUGGAAGCAGUGCAGGCAACUCAGCAUCUAAACACGUCGUUGUGGGAUUUGUUGGUUACCCUAAUGUUGGGAAAAGCUCGACAAUUAAUGCAUUGGUGGGAUCAAAACGAACUGGUGUUACCUCAACUCCAGGGAAGACAAAGCAUUUCCAGACGUUGAUAAUAUCUGAUGAGCUGACCCUGUGCGACUGCCCUGGGUUGGUAUUCCCAUCUUUCUCAAGCUCUAGAUAUGAGAUGAUUGCCUCGGGAGUUUUGCCAGUUGAUCGCAUGACUGAACAUAGAGAAGCUGUACAGGUUGUAGCCAACCGUGUUCCCAGACAUGUCAUAGAGAGUGUCUACAAUAUCACUCUGCCCAAACCCAAACCCUAUGAACCACAAUCUAGACCUCCUCUCGCUGUAGAACUACUGAGGGUCUACUGCUCCUCUCGUGGAUACGUAGGUUCCAGUGGGCUGCCUGAUGAAACUAGGGCUGCCAGACAAAUUUUGAAGGACUAUAUUGAUGGAAGGCUUCCCCACUUUGAAAUGCCUCCUGGAAUGUCCAAUGAUGAUGAUGGGGUGUUGGAUAUUGCACAAUCCAUCUCUUCUGCCGCAGAUGAAUUGGACUCAUCUGAUUCUGAGGGUGAGCCAGAGGUUGAAGAUUCAAGCACGUCCAAUCUUGAGCAUGUUCUGGACGACCUCGACUCAUUUGAUAUAAACAAUGGUUUAACUUCCACCAAGACUGCUGCUUCCAAGACGAAACCAGCGACUGCAUCUCAUAAGCAUCAUAAGAAGCCUCAAAGAAGAAAAGACCGAUCAUGGAGGGUUGGAAACGAUGGUGGUGAUGGAAUGCCGGUCGCAAGAGUCUUUCAGAAAACAGCGAAUAUGGGGCCCUUGAGGGCCCAAUAAAUCGCUCCCAAAUUUAAGGGUUGGAUCUGCUCAUCAGGUUCUUGAUUACGAAGUUGAGGUUGAGGUUUGCUUCCUAAAUUGCGUAUCAUCAAGAAGAAGAGAAAGCCUUUUUAUUAAUGGUUGCAGGUUUAGUAUAAAUGCAGCCACACCACUAUAGAAUGUGAAUGUAGUUUACAGCAACGAAUUUGAAGGUGAUUGUUACAAGCUUUUUUCCAUUGUUUGAUAGCAUAAACAAAAUCCUAAGGUAUUUUUUAUGAUGUUGCAUUAAAAUCAAGCUACAAAAAGAUCAGGAGAUCAAGUGCAUGGAAAUAUACUAAUUGAAAGGGUUCAAAAGAGGAGAAAACUUGUUGAAUCA